ACGGUUUAAAACAUACUUAAAUAAGAUAUAUCUUAAAUCGUGAUAUGGUCGAAAUUAGGUAUCAAUAUUCGUUACUAUUGUAACUGUUUGUUGAUUCGGUUGAUAACGGCGACUUAUGAUAACACGACUCGACUGCAGUUACAGCGGGCAACGAUUGUUCUGUUCGUCGAUUAAUAUGUCACGAAGUUCUACUAGAUUUAGAUGUAACAGCUUCUGUAAAUGUCACCUGUAGUGGUGCGUUCCAACGGCCAUAUUCAAAGAGCAAAUCAUGUGAGCGAAUCUCGGUUGACGCGACGAACUUCUGUUGCGAAAAUGAUUUCGAAAAACGGCAUCGUUAGCGUUUAUGGUUUCCUACUAGGCCUGUCUUUGUUGUUUGCGUUACUUUUGAUACGUAGUAAUUUGUGGCCGGCAUCCGAAUACUUGAACAGCCGUGAAGUUAACCCAUUGCAUCUGUUUGUCGUGUACGCAGCCAUCACCAAUGUGCUGGUUCGUAUUAUCAACCGAGGUAUCGUGUACAAGAUAUGCGCACAGGCCUUGUUUCUGGGUUUAGUCAUGGCUGCAGGUUUGCUGAUCUCUUUCCAAGCACCAGAAUCGUGGAAGCCUUUUGGAUGGUACAUCUGUGUAAUGGCCAUAUUUCAUUAUACCGAGUUCCUUAGCAUUGCAGUUUGUAAUCCAAAAACACUGACACCUUCAUCGUUCAUGUUAAAUCAUAGUGUUGCAUAUGGCGUAGCAGCAUCAGCCAGCUGGCUGGAGUAUCUAUUGUGGCAUUAUUUUUUACCUGAGUUGAAAACCAUUCAUAGGAUCAGUUACAUUGGUCUUGCAUUGUGUGUUUUUGGAGAGAUGUUGAGGAAAAAUGCUAUAUGGACAGCAAGGGAUAAUUUCACUCACCUGGUUCAGCAAGAAAAAACGCAGACUCAUAUACUAGUCACGCAUGGUGUGUACUCAUGGUUCAGGCAUCCAAGUUAUGUAGGCUGGUUUUUCUGGAGCAUAGGCACACAGGUUAUUAUGAUUAAUCCAGUAUGUGUGUUGGCAUACGCUUUAGCCAGCUGGAAAUUCUUCAACGAUAGAAUAUACUACGAGGAAAUGACUUUGUUAAAUUUCUUUGGAGAAGAUUAUAUUUCAUAUCAGGAAAAAGUUGGUAUCGGCUUACCAUUUAUCAAAGGAUUUACUGUAACACGUGAUAGUUAAUAAUAAACAUUGUUACAUGGAAUUAUUGUAUACAUAAAUUAAUCAAGUGCAUACAAAUGUAUAUAAUAUAUAU